GAGGGGAUCACGGUGCGGCCUGUGAGGCAUAAGAAACCAAUCAAUUACUCACAGUUUGAGAAUUCUGACGGCGAUAAUGACUUUGUUUCUGCAACCGCACUUUUAAAUAAGAAACCCAGAACAACACCAAAGGAGUUAAAACUAGAAACAAGGAAACCCAAGCUGAAGAAUCUCCAGAAAGAAGAUACCCCACUACAAGAGAAAACACCUAAAAAAAGGAUGGCUUUAGAUGACAAGCUGUACCAGCGAGACUUAGAAGUCGCACUAGCUUUAUUAGUGAAGGAACUUCCAACAGUCACCACUGAGGUAGAAGAGGCUCAAGAUAAAAGCACCGAAAAAUGUGGCAGCAGCGGAAUCAGAACAGUGACUAAGUCUCCCCAUAUCUCUAAUUGCAGUGUGGCCGGUGAUUGUUUAGAUUUGGAUAAGAUUACUGAGGAAGAUGAUUUGCACGGUGCUCAAGGGAAAAGAAAAGCAGCAUCAAAAGCUGUGGUACAACAGAGGAAGAUUCUUUUGGAAGGCAGUGAUGACAACAGUGCUGAACCAGACUCUGCAACUGGUGGAGAGUCUGAGGAUGACUCUGAUUUUGGUAAGAGUGAAGACGAUGACGAAGACUUCACCAUGGGAAAAAAUAAAGCGAAAGAAAUUAAAAAGAAAGAAGUGAAGGUAAAAUCCCUAGUUGAGAAAAAGGAGAAGAAACGUAAAUCCCGAUAUGAUACUUUGGUGAUUAGAGAUUCUGCUCCAGCUGCUGUGAAAUCAGAAUCUCAGCCUUCACCAAAAAAGGUUUCUCUUUCAUCAGAGGCCACUAGGAAACCAUUACAAAUACGCAGCCCUUCAGCUGAAAGCAGAAAACCUAAGUGGGUCCCACCAGCGACAUCUGGAAGCAGCAAGAGCAACAGGAGCCCACUGGCAGGGGUGUCUGGUAAGUCUCCAAAUCAGAGUCUCCACUGUGGCUUGUCCAGAUUGGCACGAGUUAAACCUUUGCAUCCAAAUGCUGCUCAUAGCUGAGUGUGGCAGUAAACAAAUGUUUGAUUAAGAGAAUCAGAGUUUUACAAUGUGUUUCUCUUUGAAUUGUGUUUCUAUUUAAGGAGAGUGUCACAAUAUAAAAGAAUCCUUUAAUGUCAUGUGAAUUGCCUCUGCCUAUUUUGUGAAGACAUUCUCUGAAGCUGUUCAAGACUUCAAGAAGAAGAUUGUUUAUAAGAAUUAUCUUGUGGUAUCGUUUCCUCCUGAAGAAUGUAUUCUCUUUUUCCUGUAUAUAUAAUAAGUCAUUGUCAUUACGUGGUUGUCUGUUUGUCAAGGAGGAAGUCCAUGUUGCAUACUGCUCUUUUCUAGUAAGAUGAUUUUGCUUUCUAGCUUUGUCUAAUUUAUGUCACCUUAAGUUUC